AUGAAUUAAAAAGAGCGUGUUUUUGUAGAUAGAAACAAUGAAUACGCUGAAAAUGAAUACUUUGUUGGAUAGAAAGAAUCGAGAUUUCACUCUAAUGAUUAAUAAAUAAAUUUUUAAGUAGAAUCGUAAUUAAGCACUCUUAGUUAUAUUUUUGAUUGGAUAACAAAUGUAAGACUAAAAAAGUUAUAAUUUAAGGAUCAAUUACAAGAAUUAAGAUCUUAAAUUCUUCAUGAGAUAAAACAAAUAGAUCAUAAUGUCAAAACUAAAUAUAUUACUACUGCAUUAUCAUAUAUUUUGAUUAAGAAUACAAGUGGAAUAAAUGAGACAGAAUGUAUAUAGUAAUUACUUGUAAAAUUCUAGUUUAAUAUUUAUUAGAAUAAGUUCAAUGUCAAAUCAAGAAAAUUAUUGAAAUAUUUAAGAAUGAUUAAAGAUGAUGGUUAAAGAGAUAUGAAUAAGUUAUUAUAACAAAUUUAGUAUUAUCAAGAGAAGGUGAAAAAGUAUUUUUUUGGUUAAGGAUAAUCAUUAUUGUUAAAAUUGAAGAACCCAAAAUAAACUUAUACUUAGUUGAUAGAAGAAAUUCUUGAAACUAAUAAAUAAGUCAUGAUUAGAAUAUUCUCUUUACAAUUAGUGAAAUAGUUUUGUGUAAGUAAACGACCAAGUCGAUUAGUAAUAAACUUGGGUUACCUAGCAUUCUAAAUAUAAUCAAUUUAUAUAUUACCUGGAGAAUAUGCUAGAAUAUUUAGGAUAUCAAUUAAUUCUUUACGACACUUCUCAAAAGGAUUAAUUAAUCUUUUAUAUCAAUUUGUAUUAAGAAUAACAGGUUAAGCAAUUGAAGUAUAAUUAAAGUCUUGUGAAAGAAGUCCUUAAAUAUCACAAACCAUUAUGAAUGAAGGAGAAUUCAAAAAAUCACCUGAAGAUACAAGUUUAUCAGAACCAAAUAUAGAAAUUGAAGGAUAUAAAUUACUUAUCAUUAGAAAACUAAUUAAUGAUUUCACCACAUAUUAGUUUUUAUUUAUUGAUACUGAAGAAGAGGAUGAAUUAAUUAAUGAAUGCUAAGAAAUUUUAAACUUUUCAACCAACAACAAAGAGUGA